ACUUCAGUGUGGUAACAAAGAUGAGGUCCGAAUUGGAUUUGUUUACAUUGAAGCACAGAAUAUUUCUCGUGAAGAACUUCUACCAGCUCAAUGGGGAUUGCAUGUGCGUGAAGACAAAGUAUGAUUGCUUCUAUAGGAAUAGUAGUGAGUCACCGGCCUUUUCCAGUGAUGUUCUCGUGGAGAUUAUUAGUUUGUUCGAGCGAACGGGGAGUGUCUUCAGAGGUCCGGAAGCUGUAACAUCCCUCAAUCUUCAGGGAGACUGUCAGCAAAUAGAACAGAUUUACGUUAAAGUGGAGAAUCCCGAUGAAGAUGUUCAAGAGGCUGAAACAAUGGAAUCUUAUGAUAAUCUCCAGUCCCCGGUGCCAGAGAAUUCUGAUCAUAUAAGAACAUUUGAUAAGUAUGAGAGUGAUGUGUACAACUCAUCCGGGGAGAAUACAUCUGAUGCAGAUACUCUUAGCAAUGAAGAACAUCCCUUAGUCAUGGAAUUCAAAAGAGACGAAGACUCAGUGAGGAAACAAAUUCUCCCCGAAUGGUGGGAGAACCCAGAUGAUUCCUUAGAAUUGGAAGACAUCAAAUGGAAUCAAUGUACCCCCAUAGACAAAGAAAGCGACACGGGAAAUUCAAGGAAAAUUAAUGAUUUGAACUACUUUGAAUGUACAGACAAAAAUUGCAGGAAAACCUUUAAAUCCUGGCCAGCCUACAACCUCCAUAGACUCACGCAUUCGGAUCAAAAAGACAAAAUAUACAAAUGCAAGAAUUGUGAUAAAAUUUUCCUGCACAACUACGCUCUAAAGAGACACUUUAAAAGCAAACACAUGCAACUGCAGCAUAAAUGCUACAAAUGUGGGUGCUCAUUUAGAGAGGAAAAGAACUACAGGAAUCACUUGGAGGAGCAUGGCCAGGAACCCCAAGGAGGCCAGGAAUUCUACGAUGAACCACCAAAUUCGCCAGAGUUUAAAAAACCAGAAGCACCACCUUCAAAGGGAUUGAUCACGAAACGGAAGCUCAUAACUUCCAUCGCAGUGAACCAAAAGAAGGAUGUUGCUGCAGAGCCAAAAACCACAAAAAAGAAGAGAAUUGAAAAAUUCAGAACAUGCGAAGUUUGUGGGAAAGUUUGUUCAACUGCACGCUACAGAAAGCAUACAAUGACACACAGUGGAGAGCGCCCAAUUACGUGCAAUAUUUGUGGGAAAGGAUACAUCUACAGCUGUGGCUAUCAGAAGCACAUGCUGCGGCAUAAAGGGAUUGAUACGAGCAAAAAGCGUUCAGUGUGCGAAUUUUGCGGGAAGAGACUGACAGGACCGAAGAUUCUGCAGGAGCACAUUCGGAGGAUUCACGAGAGAGUCGAUCAGAAGUUCAAGUGCAAAGUUUCCGGAUGUGGAAGAUCGUAUCCCAAUGAGAAAUCCCUCCGGAGGCAUAUGGAUCGACACAAUGGGCGUUUCUUCAAAUGUUCUUCCUGCAAUAUGGAAUACAAGGAUAAGUACAUGCUAAAGCUCCACAUGGAUAGAGUUCAUUUGAAGGCUGACCCACCAUUAAAAUGCGAAAUUUGCGGAAAAUUAGAUUGGCGAAUUUUUGAUCAUCGGAGCCACAUGCGGAUAUGCCAUAACAUUGAAGUUCCCUACGUUAGGAAGAAACCACCAGAGAAGGAUACUCAGCAAUCCACAAGCUCUCAGCAAUUGUAAUUUGUAGAUUGCCUAAUAAAAAAAGAAUGAUAAAAUGA